GGCAAAUUCUUAAAAGUUAUAGCUCAUGCAUUUGAUCAAUAAAAUUAGUGCUAUAAAUCACAGUUUCUUACUUGGACCGAUAAUACACACCAAAGCAAAUCCUGUGGAGUAUUUAGGAAGCAGAAACAACAAACGAAAAGUUCCUUGAUGGUGGGCCACUUUUCCAAUAGAGGCGACGCUGAGAAAAGACUUUCUCUGCGGUACAUCCUUUCAGCAAACCGCCCAUUAUCACCUGCGGAGCAGCGUUUCCGGGCGCACGGCUACGCAAGGGCUGCACUGCUGUUAACCAUGAUGGUUUACUUCAUCUACUGCAAUCCGGAGUACAGUUAUACGUACUCGAGAAUGCGGAAAAAGUUUGGUUGGGAUCAAGGUGACUCGAUCUUUCCUAAGUACCUCGAAAUUCAGAAGAUUCCACCUAGUGUUGGGGAGAAUACAUGAUAGAUUCUCUCCUCACAACGUAAAGUAAAGAAUCGAAUUUCAUCAAAGAGGCGGGUAAGGGAAUAAAUAGCAUUGCGGUCUCGUGGCUUAUGGAACUAGUAUUGUACCUAUUCUUUCCCGCAAACCGGUGCUGAUUUUUUUUUUUACAUCAAUUAGCUGUGUGGUAGCGCUGCAAAAGGUUUGGCUUCUCAUUCGAGAGCACAAUCAGUUUGUAUGUAUAUAUAUAUAUUUGAGUAUAUGCACUUAAAGUAUGUGUGAUGGAAGGAAAAUUAAGUGAUUUAUCUUUCCCCAUUAACAUUUUCGGGAGGAUGAACAGGUUGGUGGGAGUAGUCCUGAGAAA